AAACUGAUCUCAAAUGUAUCUUUUGUUUAAUCUGGUUGUUUAAUGUUUACGACCCGGAAGUUCCGUUUUCACGGGGUUACUUUCAUUUGACAGCAGCAGCGGACAAGUUGUAAGGAAGGGCACACGUAAUUGGAGAUGUCGAAUCUAUCAGCAGCCAGCGUUGAGACUUUACCAGCUACAGAAGGGGCAGAGCAGAAAAAGCCAUUGAAACCAUGCUGUGCCUGUCCUGAGACCAAGAAAGCAAGAGAUGCUUGCAUCAUUGAAAAGGGAGAAGAUAGUUGCACAAGUCUCAUUGAAGCUCACAAGGAAUGCAUGAGGGCGCUUGGUUUUAAAAUUUAACACUAUAAUGAUGAGUUUGAGUGAAUGUGUGUGACAGGCUGUGUGUUUUGGGACUUGGAGUGCACUUCAUUUCUAUUUAUAUUUUUACACUGUGGAACAUGCAUUGCUGAAAGUGCUGAAAUGCAUCUCAGAGGAAAAUAUUGUCUUAUUUCUUUUUCUCUCUUUCAUAUGUGAUUGUUACUUAAGCUUAAGAUAAAUAAAGAUCCUAUGCAAGA